GAGAAGUGACGAGCUAGCACGUUGCAUUUGACGUGUUGUGAGACUUCAGUCACCUUCCUGCGUGCCUGUUCCCUUUUCCUUUCUUCCAGUUGGCGUCUUUACAACCCUUAAAGCAACAACCUUCGCCCCUGAACGCUACCCAGAAACGAACAUACAGGGCCUAGGAGUCUCGUUUCCUCUUUGACUUGUAACUAUAAUGGCUGGUAGCACCGCCAAGACAGUGCACGACAUCUUUGUUAACAUGGAGUACGGACCAGCAGCAACUUCUAGCGCUGCCACUGCACAGGCCUGGCUGGAUCACCAUUCCCGUUCUCUGGGUCUGUUCAUCGAUGGAAAGUUUGUCCGUCCGGCAGACAGACAGAGUCGCUCCCUGGUGGACUCUAAAGGUGGUAAUCUGUGCAGCACAGUGUGUGCUGUGGAGGAUGAUAUUUCCCAAUGUGCCUCCUCCGCUGUCAACGGCUUCAAGGCCUGGAGUAGCCUGACCUGCUACCAGAGGGCCAAAGUGCUGCUCAGGUUGGUGAGCGUUCUCGGGCAGCACGCUCAGUGCCUGUCGGAGUUGUGUGAUCUGUGCGAGGCCUCCUGCUCGUCCUCCACCCUCGUCAGACUGUUGCAGUUCUACAGCGGCUGGGCUCAGCUCCGAGACACUCUCAUCACUAACUGGACGCCGCUGGGUGUGGUGGCAGUAGUCGUCUCUGAUGACUGCUCGCUUUAUUCCCUCAUGCUCAAAGUCCUGCCUGCACUGGCCAUGGGUAACUCUGUCAUCGUGGUCCCUGGUCGUAGCACCUCCCCUCCAGCGCUCCUGUUGGGGCAGCUUUUUAUGUCAGCAGGCUUUCCUGCUGGUGCUUUUAACGUUGUGACUGGAUGUGACAUGACGCUGGGUGCCAAAGUGGCCAAGAACGCCAGCAUCAGCUACGUCACCUACAGUGGCAACAAGCAGGAUGGAGUGACGCUGUGUAAGGCAACAGCAGGGAUGGGCGUUCCAGUCUCUGUCUCCCCGUGCAUCGGCGCCACAUGCCCCUUCAUCAUCUUUGAAUCAGCUGACAUCGACAGCGCCGUGGAUGGAGUGAUUGACACUGCUUUCAAGAAGAAGAAAGAGGUACACUGGUUGCUGUGCGUGCAGGAGAACGUGUUGGACAGCGUUGUGGCCCGGCUCAGGCUGCGCAUGGCGGGGAUGAAGUGUGUCGCUCUGCCCAGCGAUGGAGACAGAGCCCUGGUGGAGGCUGCAGUACAGGAGGCUCAGCAGCAGGGGGCAACGUUGGUUCAGUCCUGUGCUGCCCCACCUUCAGGCACUCAGUAUCCUCCCACAGUCCUCUGUGGAGCGGCCCCCUCCUCUUCAUGUGUGGUCAAUCCCUCUGCCGGACCACUGCUGCCCCUCUUGACCUUCAGAAGCAACACAGAGGCAGUGGCUCUGGGGAACCACAGUCCUCAUGGACAGGCAGCCUCCAUCUGGACUGAAGACCUCACCUUGGCUCUAGAGACAGCUAAGAAUCUGUCAGUUGGCUCAGUGUGGGUGAAUUCUCACUCUGUGUGUGACCCCUGUCUGCCCGUCUCUGGUCACAAAGACAGCGGCACCUGCACCGACGGAGGACAGGAGGGUUUGUACCAGUUUCUGCGCCCAUCCUCUUCUUCCUCUCCUCCUCUUCCUCGCUCUUCGCCUGUCUCUAUGGACUACACAAAGUUUGGAACAGCAGCAUCUCCAGCUAUUAUUCCUGACGAUUCAGACUCUGCCAGUGCCCCUAAGCCCUACCUGCAGUUUGUGGGUGGUAAGGCAUGUAAAGCGGUGUCUGGCUGCAGUGUGGCAGUGCAGUCAUCAGGGGCCAGCAGCGUGUUAGCCUACUGUCCAGAUGGAGGCCGCAAAGAUGUCCGUAAUGCUGUGGAGGCUGCUAUCAAAGUCCAGCCUGGCUGGAUGAAAAAGAGUCCAUCUGCACGCGCUCAGUCCCUCUAUUCUCUAGCUAAAGGCCUGGAGGCAAAAAAGCGAGACCUCGCUGCGUCAAUCAAUGUCCAGACUGGUCUCUCAUUGAAAGAUGCUGACAGGGAGGUGGAGCUCAGCAUUGCCAGGCUCAGUGAUUUGGCGGCGUACUGUGACAAAAUCCAGGGAGGAACUCUGCCCAUGCUGCAGUCUGGCUCUGCUCUCUCCAUCCCCGAAGCCCUGGGAGUGGUGGGAGUGGUCCUCCCCGACAAGAAUCCCCUCCUCUCCAUGGUAACACUACUCGGAGCAGCCAUCGCCGGUGGCAACGCUGUCAUCAUGGUGCCCAGUCAGAAGCAUCCACUACCAACCUUGGCGUUCGUGCAGGUGCUCCAGUUUUCAGACCUGCCAGCAGGUUUGGUGAACAUCGUUACAGGAAGCAGAGACCAGCUGACUAUGGCUUUAGCUACUCACAGCGUCAUCAAGGCCAUCUGGUACUGGGGCAGCAGUGAGGGCUGUCAGUACCUGCAGUACACCUGCACCAGCCCUCUGAAAACCCUGCGUCUGUUCUGCCAAAAGGACAACAUGGGGAAAGACUGGACUCAUCCAUCACUCCUGGAAGAGAUGUGGAGAAACGCAGUCCAGUGGAAGAGCGUGUGGAUUCCUACAGCAUAAGAAGAGACAAACAAAGAGAGAGGGGAAGGGAGGAGGGAGGACAAAGAGUCUUAACUGCGACAUGUAGGAUCAAAAAUUAACGUGACCACAAUCACAAACAGCCAAACAAAAAAAAUCAGCGCAUGUAACUACUGCCGCACUAAUCCUACAGAGGAUUUUUGUGGAUGACUGACAGACCAUGUGAUAUAUUUCAGCAGUAUUUUUUGAUCAGAAUUUAAUCAUCCGUUUAAGCUGAAGCCUCAGACAUUUGUGACACCAAGCAGCUAUGAGAUAACAGGGCUUUUGGCAUCUUACAUUUCCAAAAUAAGAGACAAAUAUAAGUAUGAAGUUAACACAAUAAUAUAUUAAUGAAUUAACAUAAAGAAGUGGAGGCCACAGGUCAGAUUAGAUCAGAGAUUAAAUGUAUUAACAGAUUUAUUUUGUGGGGUUAUGGCAGGACACCAACAGACUCAGUCUGGGUUAAAUUUUGGAAUAAACAAACAACCCAUAAAGCACUUAAAACAGAUGUGAAAGAAUUUUACUAAAACUUAAACAUGGAGUACUUACUUUGUUUAAGUUCAUAUGUGAGCAGCAUUGCUAAUGUAUUAAUUGUUAACGUGGUAUGAAAAUGUGUGAAGUAAAAAGGUGAACAUUUAUUCCUUUAUUUUACUCAAUGAAGUGGAAGAUUCUUAAUAAUGAUGUGAUCUGCAAUCGAAAUCAAAACAGUUGACUUUGUACCUCUUAACUUCUGCAAUUCUGCUUCUUUUUAUGCUGAGUCAUUACACAUGUUGCUUUUGUUGCAAGAAUCUUAACUUUAAGUUCAGUUAACUGACUCCUGCUUCAUAAAGUAUUCACUAGUAAUACUGUAGAUAUUUGGUAACCAUGACAUCAUCUAUCAAUGUUUGAUUCAAAUAUUUCAGUUGUAGUUCUAACAAGAAAUAGAUUUUUCACUACGAAUGGAUCCUUUUUUUACAACUUGACACCUCAACUGCCUUACAGUUCUGUCAAAAAACCAAUCAAUCCUGUGUCAACUCAAUCCAAUUAUGUAAAGGUACUGUACAUCUUUAUUAUUGUACUAUUAGACUAGUUAGCUACAUCACAGAAGUACACUUAUUCAUCUGUGGUGAGAACAUUCCCAUUUGUUUACCAAGUCCACGUUCACGCUGUGAAAUGUGUUUUUGAAAUGUGUGUUUCCAGAGAACGACACUGUAGGUUUCACUGUCUAAAAGCCAUAAUUAAAAAAAAGAUACAUUUAUGAAUUUA